CUGCGGUAUACACGUGUAUAGUGUUUAUCUAGAGAAAGGACGACUCGAUCGUUGACGCAGUCUCGAGGUGUGUAGCCGAACAUUCGGACAGUCAAUAUUGUCACCUCGAUAUCAUGGCAUGUUGUGAAGGAGGCCCGGGGUAUGCUACCCCCCUCGAAGCCAUGACGAAGGCUCCCAGGGAGGAGAUUGUGUACAUCCCCUGUAUCAUCCCCCCGGAGAGGCGUGGUAAACAGCCAGACUACCUUGUAACCGUGGACGUCAACCCGGCAUCCCCUACCUACAGCCAGGUAAUACACCGUUUGCCCAUGCCCAAUCUGAGUGACGAAGUACAUCACACCGGCUGGAACACGUGCUCCAGUUGCCAUGGUGACAAGACCCAAACAAGGGAUAAACUAAUCCUACCAUGCGUCAACAGUGACAGAAUAUAUGUAGUGAACGUUGGGGAAACUCCACGGGCCCCAACACUUGAAACGAGUAUUGAACCCUGGGAAAUGCACGAAAAAUGCGGUCUUGGAGCUCCACAUACGUCACAUUGUCUGGCCAACGGGGAUAUCAUGAUCAGCUGUAUGGGGGACCCGGAUGGAAAUGGAAAAGGUGGUUUUGUGCUUGUGGACGGAAAGACGUUUAUCAUCAAGGGUAACUGGGAGAAAGAGAAUACCAAAUUCGGAUACGACUUCUGGUACCAACCCUACCACAACGUCAUGAUCAGUACGGCAUGGGGCGCUCCAAGAUGUUUCCGGGAGGGAUUUAAUCCGGCCGACGUUGCGAAGGGUGACUAUGGAAGUCAACUUAACGUCUGGGAUUGGACCACACAUGAACUUGUGCAAACCAUAGAGCUCGGAUCGGAAGGACUUAUUCCGCUGGAGAUCCGAUUUCUACACGAUCCUUUAGCUACGGAGGGGUACGUCGGCUGUGCCCUCAGCGCUGCCAUCUUCCGCUUCUACAGGAAAGAGGACCGCACUUGGGCCGCCGAGAAGGUCAUCCAAGUAGCCCAUAAAAAGGUAGAAGGUUGGGCUCUCCCUGAUAUGCCAGGUCUGAUCACCGAUAUCCUCGUCUCCCUUGACGACCGGUUCCUCUACUUCAGUAACUGGCUCCAUGGUGACGUCAGGCAGUAUGACAUCACUGACCGCCGUAAUCCUAAACUCGUCGGACAGCUGUUCCUGGGAGGAAGUAUUUGCAAGGACGGAAAUGUCAAGGUCACUCAAGACAGUGAGUUGAAAGAACAACCAGCGCCAGCCUACAUCAAAGGUAACCGCAUACUGGGUGGGCCUCAGAUGAUACAACUUAGUCUGGACGGGAAACGUCUGUACCUGACGACAUCACUUUUCUCAUCCUGGGACAAACAGUUCUACCCGGAACUCCUCAGCGGAGGCGCCAUGUUUGUUGCUAUAGACGUCGAUACAGAGAAAGGAGGGUUGACACUCAACGAAGAUCUGUUCAUCGAUUUUGGCAAGGAGCCGGGCGGUCCUGCCCUCGCGCAUGAGAUCCGUUACCCCGGGGGGGACUGUAGCUCGGACAUUUGGCUAGCUCCGGAACAAAAUCCGGAACAAAACUAGGAACAGAACUAAUACAGGACCAGAGAAUCCGGAGACAGAUAAUUACUGAAGUCCGGAAAAAAGCAGGAUUUUCAAAAAAGGAUGGUUUACAUUAUAUUGAUAUUUAAGUGACCAUUUUAAUCUCUAAUUAUGUUUACACAACUAACAUGCGAUAUGCUAAGAUAUCUGUUUUAGUCGAUAGUACAUAUGAAUAUUAUAUCUUAAAUUUUAUACGUAUCUUAAUUUCAAUUUUUUGAAUUUUUAAUAUCUUUUAAUAUAACAUGAUUUUAAGCAGAUACAAUUAAUCAACCUAUUUUUUUUAAAAUUAUUUUGGUAUACCAAGUUUUUUAACAUUGAUGUUGAGAUGAAACUCUUGACAACAUGAUAAUGUUUUCAACAGCAUUUUUAAGCGUAUUGUUUUUAAUGCAAACAGUUCAAAGCAUUUGUUUCAGCUUACAAAUGUACAUUGUGUUUCUGUUUUAUGUAAGAAUUUUUUUAUUUUUUUUUUUUUUUGCGAUAUCAGAUAUACUAUAAAAGUUUAUAUAAUAUACUGUAUGUAUACCUCUAUGUUAUUUAAAAGGCGUCUGCUUCUGGUUAGUAUUUAUAGAGAAAAAAGAGCAGACGCCUGUGGUUACUUUAAUAUAUUAACUAUAAAUAUCAAAUAAAUUACCAAACAUCAUUUUAAGCCAACUUCAAGAUCUUAACGUCUUACUGAGUUUAGAAAACAAGUUUAAAUAACAAACUAAGCAGAUGUAAAAUGAUACAGGUCCGUUGGACCUCUUGUUAAAAUGUCGGUCAUAUUAUCUUAUUUGACAUUGGGAGGAAUGAUCUUACUUUAUAAACAAGUUUCUACUGAUAACUCUUGUAAUAUUAAUAAAUAAUAAUUUGAUAA